AUUUUAGUCAGCACAGUUACAACAGAUCAUUUUUCAUCCAUGUCUUCCUGCUCUGUUUAUAGCAGCUGGUUUGGGUGCCAGAGUAGAAGCUGGGGAACGACGACGGUGGAUAAUAGUCCUGUGCUUCAGGUACACGGUGGUGUGCUGAGAGUCAGGACCACCCAGGACCUACCACCCCAUGUCGUUUUGUUUACUUUAGGUCUGACCCAUGAUUAAGUUUACCCUCGGAGCUUGCCGAAGGCUUUGGACAGACGCGCAGAACUGACACACCUACAGACACAGAGACCUGACGGACAGAGUCCAGGUGGCUGAUAUGGCAGCAGCAAAUGGAGCAGAUGUGUGAGGGGCUUUGAUCUAGACUGGCAGCUCGAGAUGAAAGUAUGAAGUCUUGCCCUUCACUCGGAGCCACGGCGGAUGAGUGCAGCCUGGCUGGAAUCAGGCGGCAUUCUGCUCCUCUCAAAGCAAAACAAAACCGAAAACACGCACAGAUAAAGGAAGGCUUCCCUCGGGAGUCUAAGUGGUCUGGAGUCUGGACGCUGUGUAGAACCGGAGUCAUCUGUCUGUAGGUCUCCGUGCAGCAGGUGAUUGAGACGGGGACAACUGGACCCGUCACUGGCCCCUCCUUCCCUCCUCUACAUGCCCCGCUCCACCUCCCCCCACAGCUGACCGGUGAUCCUGCCCCCCCUCAACAUCUACUCUCCAACUACUACCAGCUGGCGAUGUCCAGAGCCCCAAGUCCCCCACCACCGGCGGAAAUGUCCAGCAGCCCUGUGGCUGAAAGCUGGUGUUACACUCAGAUAAAAGUGGUGAAGUUCUCAUACAUGUGGACUAUCAACAACUUCAGCUUUUGCCGCGAAGAGAUGGGAGAGGUCAUCAAGAGCUCCACUUUCUCCUCGGGAGCCAACGACAAACUCAAAUGGUGUUUGCGUGUGAAUCCUAAAGGUCUGGAUGAGGAGAGCAAAGACUAUUUAUCACUUUACCUUCUCUUGGUUAGCUGCCCAAAAAGUGAAGUGCGUGCCAAGUUUAAGUUUUCUAUCCUCAAUGCCAAGGGAGAAGAGACAAAAGCCAUGGAGAGCCAAAGAGCAUACCGUUUUGUCCAGGGGAAGGACUGGGGUUUCAAAAAGUUCAUACGGAGGGACUUCCUUUUAGACGAGGCCAACGGCCUGCUGCCCGAUGACAAACUAACGCUUUUCUGUGAGGUGAGUGUUGUGCAGGACUCUGUGAACAUCUCAGGCCAGAAUGCUAUGAACAUGGUGAAGGUUCCUGACUGCAGGUUGGCCGAGGAGCUUGGAGACUUGUGGGAGAGCUCCAGAUUCACCGACUGCUCCCUGUGUGUCGCUGGGCAGAAGUUUCAGGCUCACAAAGCCAUCCUGGCAGCUCGCUCACCGGUAUUCAGUGCCAUGUUUGAGCAUGAAAUGGAAGAGAGUGCGAAGAAUCGUGUGGAGAUAAAUGACGUGGAGCCAGAUGUCUUCAAAGAGAUGAUGUGCUUCAUCUACACAGGCAAGGCCCCCAACCUGGACAAGAUGGCUGAUGACCUGCUGGCUGCAGCUGACAAGUAUGCUCUGGAGAGGCUGAAGGUGAUGUGCGAGGAUGCUCUGUGCACAAAUCUGUCUGUCGAGAACGCCGCAGAGAUCCUUAUCCUCGCCGACCUGCACAGCGCUGACCAGCUCAAGACCCACGCCGUAGACUUCAUCAACUAUCACGCAGCCGAUGUGAUGGAGACGUCGGGCUGGAAGUCCAUGGUGAUCUCUCACCCGCACCUGGUGGCGGAGGCGUAUCACUCGCUGGCCUCGGCGCAGUGCCCCUUCCUGGGCCCCCCGAGGAAGCGGCUGAAACAGUCCUAGCGGGGCACGGUGGCUGUCCUGUCCGAAACCCGCUGUGUUCCUCCUGCACCGGCAACCUCACUGCUCCUCCCUCCCCGAGACCUCCUUUUGCUCCCGUAGCAUCGACAGAUGCCCAAGACUGACAAUGAUGUUGCUAGAUAUGGCUGGGGGGGCUAGACGUACCGUAGAGGAGGUACCGCACAUCUCUGUGAGUGGGGACCGGGUGAGCUCUGUAGAUCUGAACCCGGAUAUUUAUGGAUUGAAAGCCCACAGCCUUGCGUACUCCAUAUCCUUCGCUUAAGAUAUUGGAAAGCUAGAACCUUAUUCUGCAAGUCAGUCACAUAAAGAACUUACCUUGAAGAUGACAAGUCCUUAUUUUGUGGUGUACAGUAUUAAUGCUCAUACUGUGCUUGUAGUGAAAAUGAAAUUGUCCUGUACAAUAAAGUGUUUUUCAUACUGUCAUACAGAAUGAAAGGACAUAUUUUGCCCUGAAGAGUUAUUUCAGGGGUGGUACCUGCGCUUCCUGCAUGCCGGGAGGUUCAGGCAGUCAUAAGUGCUGCCAAAAAAGCAUCACAUAAUCUGUAAUGGAUUUGUCUUUUCCAAAUAGUGUUUCACAUAUUGUCAUCUAACACGACCGAAACGACGCAAACUUUAUUUCAGAGUGGACGUACCGCCGGUGAACCGCGGCCACCGUUCAUUUAUCUUUUCCUCCAGAUGCUUCAUUCCUGGCAGAGGUGCACAAAGUAAAGCUGCCUUUUUCUUUUCUUUUCUUUCUUUUUGU